AUGGAUCGCGAACCUGUUUCACGCGUACCCAUCGUCUCAGACACGCAGACUGAUUUUGCUUCUUGCGUCAACAACUGCAGGACCAUUGCUACUUGUUUGGGAACAAGUUAUGUGACUUCUUCAGGGGUUUGCACAUACUUCUCAACCUUUACGAGUGUGGGUUCGGAUACAGGAACCGAUGUCGCAUUCCCUGCCAAUAUCAGCUGUCCAAGCUUGAACGGAUACAGCUAUCUCGAUUCUUCGGGCUCUGAGUACGGUGUUUUGUGCAAUCAGUCGUACCCAGCAAGCAGCAACAUCACUACCCAAGCUGGGUACUCCAGUCUGUCGGCUUGUAGCAAUGCAUGCUCCUUCAGCACCAAUUGUCUUGCAUCGUCAUUCGUCAAUGGCCAAUGCACAUUUGUUAGCAAUCUCAACACGAACAGCAAUGCCGGGCAGAAUCUUCCUGGCGCGGUGAUGCUUGUUCUGUUGCAAUCUCGUGCUGUUGAUGUAGUCUCAGCGACUGGUGUUGUGUCUCGCAGUACAUCGAUCUCAGUUGUGAAAAGUUUACCAAGUGCGGCAUCUACAGUACAUAGAGGACAAAACCCAUAUGCUGCGGUUGUAAGCGCAUACUUGGGAUGCGGAGAUGCGUUCUGGCAGCCCAGGUGUGCGUCUGCUGUUGCUGCUACUUCAUCCGUAGUGUCAAAGUUUUCGACUGUAUACACGCCAGCAACGACAAGUUCGAACGUACUGACUCCAGUAGCGACUUCGAGCGCAGGUAUAACAUCGCAAGCUGUGACGACGACUUUCAGAGCCAGCAGUACAUCGAGCAGUUUCAAGACCUCAUCUACCGUCUGUACUACAAAGCUGUUGGGGCUUAUUCCUGUCUGUUGA